AAAAAGUACAUCAGGGCCUCUUGUUCUCAAGCGUGAUUUCACGUGCUGGUAGCCGCGUAUGACCAAUUUAUUUCUCUGUCAACAUCAUGCGGAGGAAGAACUUUGUGAUGCUCCUCCUCGCCCACGAAAGUUACACGACCAACACAGCAGGUUUUUUCCUUGAUUAUAGGCGGAAGCUUUUCGUCGACGACCGGGCGCCGGUGGCGGACCGGCAGACCUGGCGUAGGCAGCGAGUUCGGUUGGAGCAAAGGCUGGCCUCGUUGAAGGAUGAGGCGGGAGAGAACCAGGACGCACUGGCGGACGAACUGCACGGUAGCACUGCACGGUAGCACUGCCGCGGCACAACGGUAUUUGUGAAGCUUUAAGUGGUUUUUUCGCGUGGAUUAUUGUGUGGAAGGAACCUAGGUUCAGCAUGAUGAUCUAGCGUAGGCACUGCUUGUUGCACUAUCGUUUGAAAAAUGUGGAUCGUGAUGAUUUGUUGAUGGUGCUCUACUUACGACGGCCGCGUUGAGAAAAAUUUGGUGCGAACAUGAAUCCAGGUAGUUCCUCAUGGCCACCAAGUGGCUAUAUUAAUGCGUCUGUCAGCGAAGAAAAACGCACGGGAAAUAUUAGCGACCGCCGAAAUCAUAAUUUGCCAAGGCAGAAGAUGA